AUGGCCACUGCGGUCUCAAAGCCCGGUUCACUUCCCCCGAAGAUGAAGCGGCCGCCCCCGCCUUUCCCCCAGGUCGGAGCCAACGGACUCAAGGCCCAACAACCGUCAUCCUCUCCACCCGCAACAUCUACACGCCUUCCGGGAAGCAGCUCCGUUACAUCAAGUCCCAAUCUUAGCAAUGGCGUGGCGAAUGGAGCGAAUAUCGCAAAAGGCCCUCUCAACCGAACUCGGAACCAGUCGCAAAGACCGGGUGACCCUUCCUCGCGUUUUGGUCGACCAGUGACAAGAACAAGCACCAAUGGCAACGAAAAUGGGGUUGGGAAAAGCCAUUCUGAACCAUUUGUGAAAACCACGUCCUACAUUCUAAAGAAAUACUCCAAUUCACCGCCAUCCCUCAUUGUACAUCUUCAUCCAACACAUUUUCGAUUCGAACAGCAAGACGGAAGUUUUCCAUACAAUUCGGAGAUGAAAGUCAUUAUCGAGCAUAUUCGCGCCGGAACUGUCCCCCAUGAUCUAAUCGAGGAACUUUUACGUUCGGGCGUGCGCUUUUACGAAGGCUGCCUCAUCGUUCGAGUGGUUGAUCAUAAGUCUAUGUCGGCACAAGCUCACAAGACGUCUACGUCAAAAACCAACGAAAACAAUACCCCUUUCUCUCUCCACAACUACAAUGAGCAUGUUACUCCAUCUGCCUUUGUCCCCUACCCGAAACAGAACCAACUCACCACCGAUCUACAAAGCUCAAAGGCGCCAGAGACACCGUCCCAGUCCGAAAGCCAGACUACUGGAGAAACCUCUGAAGCUCAGGCUAAAAUCAACGAGGUUGAACAGAAACCUGCUGCACCGAAGCCUAAAGUGUUCACCACUGUUUUGCACCCCACAUCGCGUACGCUGCAAGCAGAGCUGACUCUGCUCGUGACAACCCCUGAUCCGAAAGCCGCGAAGGCAGGGGCUCAGAACCAAUUGUCACGAACUCAAUCAUCCUCCGUCGUCCCGCAGUCACCCGCAGCCACACAGGCCGAUCGUGGCCAUGAUGCAAAACGGCAGAAGACCCUUGUUGAACCACAAGAUCUUCCGCAAUGCGAGGCACUAAUUGUGCGGGCUCUGGCACCUCCACUUUAUUUGGAGCCCGUAGACAGCUUUUUGGCCUCACAAGACCUGCUCAAAGCUAUGGAGAGCCCGCUUCACUCCAACCCACCUCCGUCGCCCAAGCGCCGUAAGAGAACCGUUGCCGAGCUCGCUGCCGACGAAGCACUCGCCGCCGAAGAAGAGAGGUUCAUGCUUAUCAUGGAUGAGCGGCUCGAACCAACAGCUUCGGGGGCUGGCGGUGGCUCAAAGGCUGCUGUUGUGGAUGAUGCGGCGGGUGUGGCACCGUUUGAGCCUCGAUUCUCGCGCUUCAAGACCCUGGAAACAAUCCGGAUGCAACAUGAGGAGAAGGCCAAGCGUGAGCACGAGAUGAAGUUGAAGCAGGAGCUCGCCAAGAGGCAGCAGCAGGAGCAGGAGAGGGAACGACGAAAACUUCUUGAGCAACGCCAGCACGAGGAACAUGCAAAGGAGGAAGCGCGAAGGCAGCAACUCGCAGCUCAACAAGCCCAAGCCCAACUUGCCGCUCAGAACCGCCACGCCAUGGCCCAGCCCAACGGCGUGAGCCAGGGACAACAGUCCUCCCCAGUUGUACGCAAUCUAACUCCUCAUAACACAUCGUCACCAUUGGUUGGUAACAAUAUGGCAACGCAGGCUGUUCCUAUGAGCAUCAGCGCAUCCCAGCAAUCGGGAAGCCCGCCGCGCCCCCCGUCGUCCAUGCAGCACGGCCACCCGAAUGUCAUGGGCCACCCUAUGGCGCCUUCCCGGAGCCAACAGGGAGCAAGUCGACACGGUACGCCUCAAAUGACCCAGGGUACGCCAGCGAUGGCACAUGCCACGCCUAUCAUGCGCAACGUUACACCAACUCAGCGAAUGAACCACGGCAGCCCUACUCAUACAAUGCCACAACAAACCCCAAUGAUGAGCCAGGCUACUAUGGCGAAUACACCGCAGAUGAAUGGUACUAUUGGACUCACCCCGCAACAACAGAUGCUGCUGCAGCAGCGACAACAGCAGAUGCUCGCUGCUCAACAGGGACAAAUGAACGGUCAAUUUACACCCCAGCAGCUUGCCCAAAUGCAGGCCAGCGCACAUGCUCAGCAAAACAUACAUUCACAGCAGCAGAUAUUACAGGCCCAGCAGAAGCAGCAGCAGCAGGCUCAACAUCAGCAGCAGCAGCAACUCCCGCAACAACAGCAAAACAUGCCAAACAUGCAGAACCAACAGGCAUACCAGGCGCAACUCAUGCGGGCCCAAUUUGCUCAGAUGCAGAUGGUGAAGCAGCAGGGUGGAAUGCCACAGGGACAGAUGUCCCAGGGUCAAAUGCAACAGGCACCACAGAUGCAGGGACAGAUGUCCCAAGGCCAAAUGUCUCAGGGUCAACAGAACCAGCAUCAAGGCAGCCCACAAAUGACGCCGCAACAACAGCAAAUGUUGAUGGCAGCCGCGCAGGCCAAUGGAGGACAAAUUCCGAACAUGCAAGGCGCCAACAAUAUGGCUCAGCGAUACAACCGACUGUAUCAGCAACGGCUACUACACCUGCGCCACGAGAUGUCCCAAAGAUUCAUGACACAAUAUGGCCCACCUACCCAAUAUCCACCCCACAUUGCCCAGCAAUACGGGGCUGGGCUGGAAAAGACCGCCAAGUCAUGGGUUCAGGACCUCAUGCGACGCGAACGAGAAGCUACGCAGCAGCAGCGAAACUCCCAGGCGGCCAUGCAACAGCAGAUGCAGCAAAGCAUGAUGCACAACGGGAUGGGGAAUUGA